UCUGUGAAUGACUAUGGUUUUUCAUUAUUGUUGUUGAUUGUUGUGCUGAUAAAUAAUUAUUGUGGAUUUAAUCGUUGAAUUUAAUAAUUAAUACAAAGUGUUUAAUUUAAUAUUUGCACAAAUCUAUCACAAAUAAGGCACGAUUCCAGAGCUCCAGUAUCUCAAUUCUUGGAUUCAUGAAUCUAGGGCGUGAGUAGUCUCUUCAAAAUACUACUAUGUCUCACUUUUGACAAUGACUAUAGAAACGAUAUGGCAACUGCAGAUGAUAUAUCCUUAAGAGUUGGAAGGCUAGAGAUAGAAUCUUCAAAAAUAAAUAAGAAUUUGAAAGAGGAUAAUCCAUUUGUAAGUUCAGUCCUGAAGAAAAACUCUAAUUCUAAAAUAAUUCCACAAAACAAAUGCAUAUGUCAUACUCUUAAGAAGAAACACACCAUUUGUAAAAGGAAGCAUAAUAAAAUACUCAAGGAACCUGUAUUAAAGUUGUCACAAUCUUAUGGUAUAAACAGGAGAAGUGAAUGUCAACAGCAUUUUAUAAAAGGGAACUUUUCAGUGUCGUCAUUAUUGAAUACAAGUGAAAAUUUAUAUUUGCAUUCAUUAGUGGACACAUGCAACCAGUUACACAUAUCUACUGAGAAAAGAAAAAGCAGUGACAGACCUACAGAUAUAAAUGAUAAUAGUAAGUGGUGGAGAAAUGAUGUUGGGAAUGACAAAACACAAAAUCGAGAACCCAUUUCAGAGAGAAGUUCUUCAAGUUCCUGCUCUCAGCAGGCCCUUAAUCCUCCUUGUGAUGUCACAAUUGAUGAACUGGCAAGUUAUUUUGAAACAUUAGUACAUAUACCAAAAAAGAUGUCAUCAAUGGCUGAAAUGAUGUAUAUAUAAUACUAAAUAAAUAUACAUGUUAUAAGGUAAAUGAAAAUAUUAAUUAUACAAAUUUAUUAAUUUUAUGUAUUUAGAAUUUUAAUAACCACAAUUUUUUAUGAUAUUGUUUUUAAAACUUGUCUGUGUCACACAUGCUUAAAUCAAUAAAACAUUUUGUAUUUCUUUGUGGUACAUAGGUAAAACAUCCUAAUUUUUUAAUUGCAUUCACAAAUGUAUGCCCUCAAGAUAAACUUACAAAUAUCAAUGUCCAUUUUUAAUUACAAGAUAGAUAAUUUUUGUAUUUACUAAUAUUAUAAAAUCUAUAAUGAAUGCUUAAACAACCUGUAUUAAGAUAAAAUAGGUGUUUCAUUUGUCCAGCCAAUGUUGUCUGCAUGUGUUUGUCUAUAUAAGUGUACUUUCAAUAUAGCUUAAUUGCUGCUAAUGCAUUGCAUUACUUUAUUCUGAUUUUGAAAAUUGAACAAGGAGUUCCCAUGUAAUGGAUGUUAAAUUUUCAAUUGAAAAUACCAAAAAUAUACCACAUGGCCUAGAAAAUUUCAAUGAAAAAGAGUUUAUGAAAUGUUAUGUUUGAAUAUUAAUAAUGUUUAGAAGGAUAUUCUCGCAACAUUUUAUUUUUAUGAAACUGGGAACAAAUAUGUAGUUUUGAAAAUACUGUCUAGUUGUGAAAUUAAUGAAAAAUUAUGAAUAUCUUAAAUAUUACCAGUAGAAUUGGCACAAUAUAAUUAAGUAUUAUGUAAAGUUUAGAGACAUUAAUAUGUAAUUAUAAUAUCAUUGAUUAAUAGUUUAAAGCAUGAUUAUUUUAUUUUUCACUUCUGUUUUCAUUGAUGCUACUUUAAUUAUUAUUGGUCCUGAAUAAAGUUUUUCCAUAUAAUGCAAUAUUGGCUACUUUUAUACCCCUCUCAAAAUAAUUAAACAUAUCUUUAUCAUACUAAUAAGUAAUAUUAUAAACAAGAAAGUUAUAAUAGUAUUAGCUAGUUCAAUAAAGAAACGAAUCUUCAAUGGCGGCGCUUAUCAUUCCCUCUCGCUCACACACGGCCGUACGGUAUG